AUGAGCUCAUUAAGACCAUAUGCAGAGAGCAUGAUGGCAGUUACAAUAGAAUUGGCGGAAGAGAAGGCAAAGAAAUUAAUGAACAGCAAGAGAAUUAGAAUAGGACUAGCGAUGUGCUCCGUAGAAGAGAGAGUCAAUAUUAAAAAGUGCUUGAAAUGCUGGUCACCUCAACAUCUGAUUAAAGACUGUACAGGACCAGAUAGAAGAAAUUGCUGCUAUAACUGCGGAGUAGAAGGACAUCUGACAAAAGAAUGCACGAACCAAACUAGAUGUCCAGACUGCGAAAAGAAAGGGCACAGAGCAGCUAGUAUGAGGUGUGAGAUGUACAGGGCGCAGAUUAAAGACGGAAAACGAGAAAAGAGAAACCGCCAGGAAAAGGAAAGCGGGGAGGAAGAGACGAAAGAUGAGAAAACAGAGGAAAGGGGGAAGCAAAAUAAGAAAGGAAAUCAGGAAGAUGUAGAGGAAGAGAUAGGAGAAAACAAGGAAAGAGAAACGAGAGAAAUGAGAAAGAGAGAAGAACAGGGGAACAGAGGAAGAAAUGAAGUUAAUAAAACUUCGAAAUCGAAAUGGAUAGCAUAG